AUGACUGAUGACGAUAAGAAUUUAGACAUAAUUUCUUCUUGUGAUGCUUAUCAAAUUGACCUCGAUAUUGACGUUUUAAAGAAAAAAAUUAUAGUUCGAAAAUUAGAUAAAAGAGGAAAAAGGAAAAUACAUUUCAUAAAUCCUGAAGAUGCUAGAUUAUUUGAUAAUAUUAAAUCUUGGGUUAAAAAUCAUCGUAAUGAAACUUUUGAAGGAGGUGUUAACCAAUUUUUCGAAGAAGCUAUUAAACAAUUUUCAAAUGAACGUAUCGGAGACGCAUUAGUUAAAGUAAUAUUUGACUAUCCAUUUCCCGAUUUCAUUAUCAAAUAUAAGAAUGAUAAAAAUAAAGAGAAUCAUAGAAAACGACGAAACUUUGAAAGAUUACUUCUUAAUACAGGUUUAAUUGUCGAACGUGAAAUAAAUCUUAAUGGAUUUAUUUAUAUGAAAAUAAUUUCACCAUUUGAAAGAUUAUGUGAACAAGCUCAACAAAUGAAAAUCAAAUUUCCAUUAAAUAAAAAAGAUAUUCAAGAUUUUGAUUUUCCAACAAAAUCGACGAUAUUUAGUACCAUCAUUAAUUUUUUAUCAUAUAAAGGAAAAUUCAAUAGACAUUCCGCCUCAUUCAUUCAAGAAAAAUUAUCAGAGUUUGAAGGAAUUUCUCCGACAAUGUCAACAAGUCAAAUUAAAUUAAACUUUUUUAACACGGCUAAACGAAAUUUAAUGGUGCAUAGAAUGAUAAUGACUGCAAAUCAUAUAAGCCAAAGUGCUAUGAUUAAUAAUAAAUCAACAUUUGUAAAACUACGAAUUAAUUCACUUGCAAUUGAUCUUUUGAUUAAAAAUAAAAUUUUCAUCAAGUUUUAUCCAAUUCAUGAUGGACCAUCAAAGGUUUAUGAAGAAGUUAAUUCAAUUCAUGAUGAAUCAUCAAAGGUCUAUGAAGAAGUUAAUUCAAUUCAUGAUGAAUCAUCAAAGGAUGAUGCCUUUAAAAUAAAACGCGAACUCGAAACAAAUUUACGAGCGGAAUUAAAUGAAAUUUGGGUUAAAUCUUGGGGUCUGCAACCAAUAGAAAAAAUUCUAGAAUACUUUGGAGAAAAAUUAGCAUUAUAUUUUGUCUGGAUUGAAUUUUAUAAUUCAUGGUUAACAGUUGCUUCUAUUGGUGGAAUAAUUGUUGUAAUUUAUGGGAUAAUCUGUGCAUUAAGUCAAAAUUCUUUAUCACACGGUAUAAAUGGAAUAUCAGUAAUUGUUGAUAAUGCUCUCACCUUACCUUAUGCAUUCUUUAUGUCAAUUUGGGGAGUAAUUAUAGUAAUUCCAAAAGUAUUUAUUGAUAUUGGAAUUUAUACCACUCUUGUUACUGCUUUUGUGAAUUUGAUUACUAUGAUAAUUGUUAAACUGUUAUCCAAAAACUUGGCUUUAAAAUUAACUGAAAUGGAAAAUCAUAGAACUGAUACAGAAUAUGAAGAUGCUGCAGAUAAAGCUACAGGAUGUGAAAAUGAUAAUUGUUUAAUAGAAUUAACUAUUCAAUUGGCGAUUAUAUUAAUUGGAAAGCAACUCUUUGAUCAAUUUGUAGAGAUAUUUAUGCCUAACAACUUUUCCAAAGAAAAUUUAAAAAUUCAACUUAAAAACAUAAUAGAUAAAUAUAAACAUCAUAAAAAGAAUACAAAUGUUCCUCAAUGGGUUCUUGAUGAUUAUUUGGCCGAUUUUCCUGAACUACAGAAAAAUGAAAAUGGAAAGAUUGCUUUUCCAUUAGCAUCAUUCUUUUCAUGGAUAAACAACUUGAUUGAAAUCAAGACUGAUUCAUUUAAAUAUAUCAAAACCACCAAAAGACCAGUUGCUUAUCAAGCCCAAGAUAUGGGAAUGUGGGAAAAUAUUUUACACGCAUUAUCAAUAAUAGGUGUAUUAACCAAUGCUAUAAUGAUUGCAUUUUAUUCAAAUUGGGCAUUAGCACAAUUUUUAAAGUAUACUGGUGAUGAUGAUAAUAUGUUGUUAGUUGUUAGAUUGGUAUUUGUUCUUGUAUUUGAGCAUUUAGUAUUUAUAUUUAAAUUGAUAUUUGUAUAUUUUAUUCCAAAUCAACCAGCAAGUCUAAGGAAAGCAAUUGAAAGAGAAAAAUAUCUAGUCAAAAUUAAAUUACAUGAUUUUAAACCUGAAUUAGAUGAAUAUGAUGAUAAUAAUAAAUGGUGA